AUGGCGCAUGGAAGCAGAUGUACCGGUGUUGUGAAGUGGUUUAAUACCCAGAAGGGCUAUGGAUUCAUCACACCGGAUGAGGGCGAAGAUCUCUUCGUCCAUCAGUCUUCCAUCAAGUCUGAUGGCUACCGGAGCCUUGCCGAUGGGGAACAAGUAGAAUUCGUGAUCGAGAAGGGAGAAGAUGGAAGGCCGAAAGCCGCCGAUGUAACUGGUCGAAACGGGGCGGUGCUUCAGGGAAGCAACACGAGGGAUAGUUACGGUGGUGGUGGUGGUGGUGGUGGAAGGGGCAGUCGUGGUGGUGGUUAUGGAUAUAACGGCGGUGGUAGAGGUGGCGGUCGCAGGGGUGGUGGCGGAUACGGUGGUAAUGGAGGCGGCGGAUACGGUGGAUACGGUGGUGGUGGUGGUGGUGGUGGUGGUGGCGGUGGAUGUUACACUUGUGGGGAGACUGGGCACAUGGCCAGGGACUGUCAGCAGGGAGGAGGAAGGUAUGGCGGCGGCGGAGGUGGCGGAGGUGGUGGUGGCGGCGGCUGCUACAACUGUGGGGAGCAAGGCCAUUUUGCUAGGGAAUGCCCUAGCAAUCAAAAUUACUAAGCGUAGUAAGCCAUCUCCUUCACCCCUUUUUUCU